CGGGCACUCGGCAUGGCGGAGCCUGCGGCCAGUUCCGAGGGCCCCAGCUUCGUGUGGGAGGGCGACGAGGACUGGCGCCACGGGCCCACCGGCCACCCAGAGGGCGCCGCCAGGCUCCGAGCGCGGUGGGACACGGCGCGCCGCCAGGCCGCGAGCGCCGCGCAGCGGCCCAGACCACCGAAGGCCGGAGGAGCGCCUGGGCAGCAGCUUGCGGCGGCAGCGGCGGCCACGCGGCCCCCCGAGGGCCUGGGCGGCCCCUGGGAGGGCGACGAGGACUGGCGCCACGGGCCCACCGGCCACCCAGACGGGGCCGCUGGGCUCAGCGCGGCGCGGGAGCGCGCCGCCGGCGCGGCGCAGGUGGCCAGCCCGCCGGGGGCCGACGGCGCAGGAACGCAGGAGAGCCUCGUGGAGCGCUUCCGGCGGGCCCACAACCAGCACGGCACGCCCGCCCGGAGCCUCAGCGGCUCCGUGGGGCCGCGGACGGUGUGGGCCUACUGGCACCAGGGCGCCGCCAGCAUGCCAGAGCUCUUCAGGCUGUGCGUCGAGACUUGGACGAGGCACAGCCCGCGCUGGCGGGUGCAGAUUCUCGACAGGUCGACUGUGUUCGAGUACUUGUCGGAGGUGGACCUCCCGGGCCGCUUCCUGGAGAUCGAUUCCCCGCAGUUGGCCGCGGAUUGCGUGCGCCUGGCACUGCUCGCGCGCUACGGCGGGGUCUGGCUGGACGCCUCGGUGAUCCUCACGCGCGAUCUCGACGAGCUCAUCUGGUCUGGCAUCGACGCGGGGCAGUACGGCAGCGCGGCGUUCUUCCACCGACGGUACGGCACGGCGAGGUUCGGCUCGCGGGAUUUCGUGGAGAGCUGGUGUCUGGCCACCAGGCCCCGCGACGCGUUCUUCCUGAAGUGGCGCGACCUGCUCCGAGAGCUGCUCCACAAUCGCACCGACGUCGUUGGGAUCUUGGGGCACCCGCUGUACCGAGACUUGGACCUGGGGGGCCUCGAGCGCCUCGCGGCCGAGUUCCCCGAGUUCCACUGCGACCUGCGGGAGUACCUGGCACUGCACGCGAUGUUCCGCCGGCUGCUGCUCACGGACGGUGUCUCUCAAGACCACUGGCAGCGCCGCUGGCUCCUCAUCGACGCCGCCGACGGGGCGCUCGCGGUCCAGGGGCUGGCCCAGGAGAUCGGGUGCUCCCAGGCGGAGGUCCUGCUCGGCAGCGACGCGCGCGCGGAGGCGAGGCUGCAGCGCCAGCCGCUGCUCAAGCUGCCCACGGCCGCCUACGCGCCCCUGCUGCAGCUGCCGCGGCACCAGCUCCUGGACGAGCAGACGCAGCUCGGCCGCCUGCUGCGUGCGCCCGGCCGCGCCCCGCCGAGCGGCGCGCCGCCUCGGGCGGCCGCCCCUGCGGCCGCGCGGGCGGCACUGGGCCCCCGGCCGGCCGCGGGGGCGGCGCCUGCAGGCCGGCGGCGCCCGCGGCCUCUGCGGCGCGGCGGCGGCGUGCUGGCCACGGCCGCGCGGCGCGGCGCGGCGGGCCGCGCCGGCGGGUGGCGCUGCGGGGCGCCGCGGCGGUUCGGGGCCGCGGGCGGGCCGCGGGCGGCGGCGAGGGAGGCGCGAGAGGCGCCGCGACAGAGGGCGGCGGGCCUGCGGCCCCCGCUCGCGGCGCCGCUGCGCGGCCUGGGCGGCGCCGCGUGCGCGCCCGCGCCCGCGCUGCGGGGCGCCCGGCCCCUCUGA